AUGAACACCCUCAUCAUAUCAUACGUACUGCUCUACUACAUCGCAUCAAUUACCCUGGGUUUUUCCACAUCGUAUUUGCUCUCCAAGUCGAGCUAUCAUUUCAGGUACCCGCUGUUCUUCAGCACGGUGCAGAAUUUCGUGCAUUUUGUGAUGGCUAAGAUCGUGUUGAGGAUGAGGAAGGGAUUGGUUGAGGGUGCUGCUGAUGGGUGUUGCGGGUGCGGGGGAUGUAAGUGUGGGAGUGAAGGGUGGGGUGGAGAUACGGGGAGUGGAACUGUUGGGGAUGGCAGUGAGAACGGUGAAGAAGGAAAAAAGAAUGUGGCCGCUAAACAGGGCCUGUUGUUCGUAUCAAACGGUGUGUUAAAGCAAUGCGGUGAGAUUGGGGACAAGGACUUGAUCGUGUUUUACGAGGAACAUGAGAGAAUUGAUGGAUGGGGGAGGAGAAAUAGGUUGAGAAGGGAUGGUAGGGGGGGUAGUAAUGGGAAGGGUGAGGAUUUGAGUGUUGGCAGGGACAGCACCGGCAAUACAACAGAUAACGAAACAAAUAACAAAACAAAUAACGAACACAGAGCAGCACACAACCACAUGCUCGUGCCGGGUACGUGCCGCAAGCAUGCCACAGUCCUAAACUGCAUAAAUACGCUGCCAUGCACCCUUACGGGUGCACUGGACAUCUCACUAAGCACGUACUCCCUAACAAACGUAUCAUUCGCUCUGUACACAAUGGUGAAGAGCAGCUCUCCAAUAUUCAUCCUGCUCUCCUCUUUCGUUCUCAACAACGAGCCCGUCUCAUUCCGCACAUUCUUCAUCAUCUUCCUGAUCGGCCUGGGCACCUUCCUCAUCACAUUCUCCCACGACACGCUCAACCUCCCGCAGGUACUGCCCAUCCUGUUCGCAUCCCUCAUAUCGGGCAUACGCUGGUCGCUCAUCCAGCGCUACCUCUCAGCACACACCAACAUCUUCACAUUCAUCGCAACCAUCAACCUAAACAUCUCUGCCAUCCUGCUCAUCCUCGCCAUAUACAUGGAGGGCCUGCCCAUACUCAACAUGCACUCAUUCUCUCUGAUUGUAACGCUCUCCGUUAUUUCAUUCUUUCUUGUUUGGAGUGAAUAUACGAUACUGAAGUGCUUUAGCUGCGUGUUUCUGUGUGUGCUAGGCAUUGUCAAGGAGAUGAGCAUUGUGGUGGUGAGCGUGUACAUGGGGAAGGUGCGGCUGGAGGGCGUUAAUUGGAUUGGGUUGGUGCUGAGUAUGAGCGGGUUGUUGAUGUAUGGGGUGAAGAAGUGAUGAGGAGGAAAGAUGAGGAGGAAUGAUGAGGAGGAAAGAUGAGGAGG